AUCAAUAAUGGUGCAAAAUGAGAUUAGCGUGGCAUGAACACUCCAUUUCUCUCUUUUUUUUCUCCAAUCUAUGUCAAAAUGCUUAAAUCCUCUAGUUACUGUUGCAAAAAUGCGUCCAAGUCAAAGUCUUCUAUAUAUUUGGCGUACUGACCAUGCAAAUUGUUCAAAAGAGGCUGGCUGGCUUUGAUUUGAGAUUUUUUUUUUUUCUUCAUCUUUAUCUUGAAAGUUGACUGUCGUUUUCCACAAGGUGUGAGGAAGGACUUUUCGGUUUUAAAGUCGCCUAUUUUUUAUAGACUGUUAACCAAAAAACAAUUGGUUGGUGCUUCUGUGGGAGCUUGACUGUAAUUUUCGUUGUAGUUUGGUAGAGAGUUGCUAGUUAAACUUGGACCACGAGACCCUCAAAAGUACUUGAUCAGAGGUUCUAACUUCUCUUGUUCAUACAGACAGCUGCUCCCUUAUUGUGUGCUGUACAAAGACUGAAAAAAGCUUCUAGUAGACAGUGGAUAGCGAAAGCCAUUUCAGGCAUGAAAUUAAUUCCACGCUUGAAGUUUCAGAGUUAUUGUCAUUCGCCUUCAGGUUCUGGUGUCAAAUCAAAGGCUGCUCGAUAAAACAGGAGCCAAGUCUUUCUCGGCAGCUCAUCUUGAAUAACAGAGUUCAGCAAGAACAACAGACUCCAAACCUCCCAAAAAUGUUGAAAAUAAACCCCAUUAUGUUCUCACUUCACUUCCUUGCCCUCUUCCUUUUUUUUCUCGACCAUGCAAACCCACAGCUCCAUGAUCAAGAACAAGCCAUUCUACUAAGACUGAAGCAAUACUGGCAAAAUCCAUCUUCUCUCGACCGUUGGACCCCAUCAAGCUCCUCUCAUUGCACUUGGCCAGGAGUGGCCUGCGCCAAUAACUCCAUCACUCAGCUCCUUCUUGAUAACAAGGACAUCACUGGAACAAUCCCACCCUUUAUUUCUGACCUUAAGAACCUCAAAGUUCUUAAUUUUUCCAAUAACAGCAUUAUUGGAAAGUUCCCUGUAGCUGUCUACAACUUUUCCAAGUUAGAGAUCUUAGACCUCUCUCAAAACUACUUUGUUGGCACCAUUCCUGAUGAUAUUGACAGUUUGUCUCGGCUCUCGUACCUCAACCUCUGUGCUAAUAACUUCACUGGCAACAUUCCAGCUGCCAUUGGGCGGAUACCAGAGCUAAGAACUCUUUAUCUUCAUGAUAAUCUGUUUAAUGGUACUUUCCCUGCAGAAAUCGGAAACUUGUCCAAACUUGAAGAGUUAUAUAUGUCUCACAAUGGGUUUCUUCCAUCAAAGUUGCCUUCCAGUUUCACCCAGCUGAAGAAACUGAGGGAAUUGUGGAUUUUUGAAGCGAAUUUGAUUGGCGAGAUCCCACAAAUGAUUGGGGAAAUGGUGGCACUGGAGCACUUGGAUUUAUCAAAGAAUGAAUUGACUGGGAGUAUCCCAAACGGCUUGUUCAUGUUGAAGAAUUUGAAGUUUCUGUUUCUUUACAAGAACUUGCUAUCUGGGGAGAUCCCUCAGGUUGUUGAAGCUUUGAACUCGAUUGUCAUCGAUCUUUCAUGGAACAAUUUGAAUGGGACAAUACCUGUUGAUUUUGGGAAGCUUGACAAAUUAUCAGGUUUGAGUUUGUCCUUCAAUCAGUUAUCUGGUGAAAUCCCAGAAAGCAUUGGUCGUCUUCCCGCGUUGAAAGAUUUUGCGUUGUUUAGCAACAAUUUAUCAGGGCCAAUCCCGCCAGAUCUUGGGCGAUACUCAGCCCUUGACGGCUUCCAGGUUGCUUCCAAUAGGCUUACAGGGAACCUGCCUGAAUAUUUAUGCCAUGGAGGUAGCUUAACAGGAGUGGUAGCUUUUGAUAAUAAGCUCGGUGGAGAGUUGCCAAAAUCACUUGAGAAUUGCAGUAGUUUGCUAACAGUAAGAAUCUCAAACAACGCAUUUUUUGGUAAUAUUCCUGUUGGUUUAUGGACAGCUUUAAAUUUGCAACAACUGAUGAUAAAUGAUAAUUUGUUCACUGGAGAGCUUCCUAAUGAAGUGUCAACUAGUCUUUCACGGCUCGAGAUAAGUAACAACAAGUUCUCUGGUAGUAUUUCCAUUGAAGGGAAUUCUUGGAGGAAUCUGGUAGUCUUCAAUGCGAGCAAUAACCAAUUUACUGGCACUAUCCCUCUUGAAUUAACCGCUCUUCCUAAUCUGACGGUUCUUUUACUUGAUAAGAACCAGCUUACCGGAGCACUUCCAUCUGACAUCAUCUCAUGGAAAUCUUUAACUACUCUAAACCUCAGUCAAAAUCAGCUCUCUGGACAGAUUCCAGAGGAGAUUGCUAUCCUACCUCACCUGCUCGAACUGGACUUGUCAGAUAAUCAAUUUUCUGGCCAAAUUCCACCUCAACUCGGUUUGCUGAGACUUACGUAUCUCAAUCUCUCUUCAAAUCAUCUCGUGGGAAAAAUCCCAGCUGAGUAUGAAAAUGCAGCAUAUUCCAGUAGCUUCUUGAACAAUCCUGGUAUUUGUGCAAGUAGGCCAUCGCUAUACCUUAAGGUUUGCAUUUCCAGACCCCAAAAAUCAAGCAAAACUUCAACCCAACUCCUAGCCUUGAUAUUAAGUGUUUUGAUUACAGCUUUUCUGUUAGCAUUGUUAUUUGCAUUCAUCAUUAUCAGAGUUCACUGGAAGAGAAACCAUAGAUCGGAUUCAGAAUGGAAGUUCAUUAACUUCCAUAGGUUGAAUUUUACUGAAUCAAACAUACUGUCAGGAUUGACAGAAAGCAACCUGAUAGGAAGCGGUGGAUCAGGAAAAGUAUAUCGUGUUGCUGCAAAUGGCUCGAGUGUUGUUGCUGUGAAAAGAAUCUGGAAUAACAGACCGUUGGAGAAGAAACUUGAAAAGGAGUUCCUUGCAGAAGUUGAGAUACUGAGUACAAUAAGGCAUUUGAACAUAGUGAAGUUGCUCUGUUGUAUUGUCAAUGACAAUUCGAAACUUCUUGUCUACGAGUAUCUGGUGAAUCAUAGUCUCGAUCAAUGGCUGCAUACAGCAAGGCGAUCAAACAGUGCAUCAACUUCAGUAAAUCAUGUUGUUCUGGACUGGCCGAAGAGACUGCAGAUAGCAGUGGGAGCUGCUCAGGGUCUGUGCUACCUGCAUCACGACUGCUCUCCCCCAAUAGUUCACCGAGAUGUCAAGUCAAGCAAUAUCUUGUUGGAUUCUGAGUUUAAUGCAAAAAUUGCUGAUUUUGGUUUAGCAAAGAUGCUGAUUAAGCAGGAAGAACUUGCCACCGUGUCAGCUGUUGCCGGUUCUUUUGGUUACAUAGCUCCAGAGUAUGCUCAAACAGUUAGAGUAAAUGAGAAGACCGAUGUUUAUAGCUUUGGGGUUGUCCUUCUAGAACUAACAACGGGAAAAGCAGCAAAUUAUGGUGAUGAGCAUACAGGCCUCGCCAAAUGGGCAUUGCGUCACAUGCAAGAAGGAAAAACUAUAGUCGAUGCCUUAGAUGACGAGAUAAAGGAACCUUGUUACGUGGAUGAAAUGAGCAAUGUUUUCCUAUUGGGGGUUUUCUGUACCAGCGAAGUGCCUUCUGCUAGGCCUCACAUGAAGGAGGUUUUGCAAAUCUUACUCGGAAGGAACCAUCCAUUGGUCUACGGAGUGAAGAACAUUGGAAGUGAGUAUGAUUCCACUCCUUUGCUUAAGAACUCAAAACGCGAGGGGCAAUCAGAAAGUGACAGCACUUUGGCAUCCGAUAAUUGAUCACUCUGCUUUAUGCACAGAAAUCACCACUACUCCCUGCUUACCUUGAGAAUAAGGAGUGUUAUUUUUGAGUUCAAAUUGUAAAAUUUGCAUAGUUAGGCACAUAAUGAGCUAGUAUAAGUCUAAGAUAGUAGAUACCAUCUAAAUCUUCAGAGAAUAAAAUCGGCAGCUACAAGGUUGCAAUGCUGUAGCUUGUACGAUCUUUUCAAAACCAUUGUCCAAGCUGGGAUGCAUGAUAUCCGUUAAUA